AACUCCAAGUCCAACUUUUGCGAGCGCCUGGUUGUAGUGCGCGCUUGCCUCACAGUUGCGGCGCACAUUCCUCCACUCCCUCCUUUCGCCUCCUCCUCCUCCUCCUCCUCCUCCUUCGAACAGGACUCAAAUUCCACAAGUCAGCUUCUCUCCACCCUCCUCCUCUUUUUCUUCAGAGGAUCCCCGAGCCCCCGCAGGCUGCUGAUUGUCCGCUCACGCAAUCGGCGAUGCUGUGCAAUCACCUCAAAAUGGCAGUGAUGCAUCCCAUGUUCUGGCCCUCAUUUGUCUACUUUGGAGCAGCCAUGACCACAGUUGGCGGCGUUCACCGAGGCUACCUCAGGAAAUAUGGGGGCUUCAUGUUCAAGCAGUGGAAGGACAAGUACGUGGUCCUCAGCAUGGAAGGAAGCCUCCUGGUGUGCCGAGACGGCGAGUCCCCGCCCGACCAGGUGGUGGACCUGCAGAGCCACUGCGAGGUGAUCGUGGAGGGCCGCGAGAUCCUGGACUUGCCCAGGCUGCCUGCGGGGGGCCGCAGGGACUGCUGCUUCGCCCUCGUCCUGCAGCAGAGCAAGUUCCUGCUAAUGCUCGCCGACAACCCGGACGACUGCACGUGGGUCUCGCCGCAACAGCCGUCUGUCCAUUUUCUAUUGCUGGGCCUGUCGCCACUCAAUCGCAGAGAUGAGUCUGUGGCUGAAGCUGAUAAGGAAAGUGAGAGAGGCUGUCAUGUCACCCGUGAGCUUGCAGAGGCAGCGCAGCGUCACCCGCUGCAUCACCGACAGGGACCCGCUGCCCGACUUCGCCGGCAACAAGGACCCCGGGUCGCCCCGGGCCAGCGAGGAUACCCCGCCGCCGUCGGCCCACGUCGCAGAGAGGGGCGGAUCACUGAGAGAGAGAAGUCAGAGUCAAGUUGGUGGACCACGGCGACCCCAGCGCAGUGUCUCCGUGGCCCCCCCUCACCGGGUGUCGGAUUGUCUUCGCCACGGCAACAGCAGCGACGCCCGAGCGGUGCGGGCCGUGUGCCUGUUGAUGGGGAGCGCGGCAGCCUCCUCGGCCAUGGGCUACCUCAGCUCCUGCUCCCCGUCCUCGCCGUUGGUCGGCAGAGCGACCGAAAUGGUCCACGCCGGCUCGGGGGGCUUCUCGGAAAUGCCGGCCGGGGGGUCGUUUCACGGCUGUGGCCAGGACGUCGACUCCGACGCGCACUUCAACAGCUUCGACUUUGAGGGCGACUCUGACUUUGACGCUUUUGACUGCGGAGGGUUUGCCUUUUAAAAGACUGGUUGUGUUGGCAGCCCAUUCAAGCAGGGGUUCUCCAAAUGUUCGGGUCCAGGGGAGAAAUAUAAUCUUAAAGCCAAACAGGUGUACCCAUAAAAGCCACAGGAAUGACAAAAUUGACGAUUUUGGUGGAAUAAGGUCGUCAUUUUGCAACAACAAAAGUUGUAAUGUUAUGAGAAUAAAGUCAGAUUUUUUUUCAAGGAAAACGUUUUGCUUUUUUUUCCCGACUCUUUUGGUAAAACAUUACAAUUUAUUUUCUCUAACAAACUAUUUAUUGGAAAAUUACGAUUUUCUUUCCUCCAAAUUUCACUUUUUUUAAAAAGAAAAAAUCAGUGGCAUUUAUGGGCACACAUGGCAGUUUUGUUUCUACCAUAAAGUUUUGAUUACGUGCAAUCUUCAGACUAAAUUCUUAUUUUUCAAAGAAAAAAGGUAAAUGAUAUUACAACCAUAAAUUAAAAGUCUGAUUUUUCUCUGAAAAAGUGUGCAAUAUUAUGAUAUGAAAGUGGCAUUAAAAAAAAAAAAAUCAUGAGACUACAAGAAAAAAAAAUUCUGGUAAUUAAAGAGAUUAUUUUAAAAGUGUUUUGAAAAAAUGCUGGAAUGUUACAAAAUUAAAAUUUUUGAUUUUUUUUUAAAGAAAAGACUAUAUAUAUAUUUUUGAAAAAAUAAAUUGUAAUGGGUGGCACGGUGGCCGACUGGUUAGAGCGUCAGCCUCACAGUUCUGAGGACCCGGGUUCAAUCCCCGGCCCCGCCUGUGUGGAGUUUGCAUGUUCUCCCCGUGCCUGCGUGGGUUUUCUCCGGGCACUCCGGUUUCCUCCCACAUCCCAAAAACAUACAUUAAUUGGCGACUCUAAAUUGCCCGUAGGCGUGACUGUGAGUGCGAAUGGUUGUUUGUUUCUAUGUGCCCUGCGAUUGGCUGGCAACCAGUUCAGGGUGUACCCCGCCUCCUGCCCGAUGACAGCUGGGAUAGGCUCCAGCACGCCCGCGACCCUCGUGAGGAGAAGCGGCUCCGAAAAUGGAUGGAUCGAUAAAUUGUAAUGUUAUGACAAUAAACAGAAUUUUUUUUCAAAAAACAAACAGUUUAAAUCUUUACAAGAAGUAUUUUGUUGGGAUUAUGAGAGGAAAAACUAAAAAAAAAAACAACAUUGAAAUAUAGCUUUACUCUUGUAAUAUUACACCUUUUUACGAUAGAAAAUAUGCCUUUAUUCUUCAAAAUCUUUUUUCGUGUGCGUGGUCUACAAUGAAAUCUAAAGACUAUGAAGGCAUUCUGGGCUGAAAUGUGUCCGUUAAUAUUUCAACAUGGAUGAGCCUUUGUCACAUUCUGGGGCUGCUUUGUUAAAUCUGACACAGGCCGUCGGACUGUGUUCUUAAAACACAGUUUUUUUUAUUUUUUUUUUUUUAAAUAAUAAUUUAUCCAGUGAUGUCAGAUUUACACAUGCAUUAUCCAUCGCAAUCAUAUCAUAGAUUUUUAUUGGCUGAAAGCUACGGUAGAAAGGAGUGUCUGGUUGAUUUAUGUUUGUACAUAAACCGCAAAGCUCAUGGACCCCCGAGGGUUUGGGGAUCCCAGUUUGUGAACACCUGCUUUAAAAUGUCUUCUUAAUACUUGUGAAUUGUAAAUGAAUGAUGGUGUUCUUCCUGGUUCUCCAUGCCAAUGCUCCUCAGGUAAAUCAUUCAUGAUCCACCGCUCAUUUUCUAUAGCGUCUGUUGGGCUGCAGCGUAUCCCAGCUGACUUUUGGCAAGGGAAGCGGGGUAUAUUCCAGACUGGUCGCCAGACAAUCGCAGGACACGUAGAGACAAACAUGCAUUCACACUCACAUUCACACCUAAGGACAAUUUCGAGUCUUCAAUGACCAGAGGUGGGUAGAGAUCUAUUCAAGUCAAGAGUAACUUGUGAGUAACUUCUGAUUUUUAUUUUUUUAUUUAGAGCAUGAACAUCAAAUAAAAUAAAAAAUAUAUAUAUAUUGUAGUCGAUACACACCUGCCACCAUGUCCAUAUCCAUUUUUAACUGCCCAAUUAGCAACAACACAUACAUUGGGCCCUACAGAAACAUUAUUUCCUUUAUUCACUUAAAUGACUUCAUGAAGAAGCUGUUUGUUGACCAGAUUUAGGGAUUGUGUGUGCGUGUGCGACACCAUAGGGAUAGUGCUGAUUUUGCCGUAUCCACUGGCAAAACAACAGUAGAAACAUCUGCAACGUACCGCAAGCUGUUUUCUCAAGUUAGAAGUGGGCUGAAAUAUCCCAAGUUUGAGCAGUCACAAUUCAAGAGCUGCAUGACAAAGCUUUUUGUUUUUUUAAGUCUGUAAAAUAAACACAGCUGUUGUUUUCCCCCCAAAAUGAGUCAUUUUGAUUGGCUCGCGAAGGCGACGUGCGCGGUCAUGUGACUGACUUGUGUCUUCUGAUUGGUGAAUUGGAGUUAAAUGACAUUGGUGAUCCUGUUUGAUUGGCGCAACGGUCUGCCUAUGUGGAAGUCGAAGAUGGAGUCUAAAAAUAGACGCGCCCACGCAAGAAUGAAUAAAUAAAAAUAGCGAACGGCGUGUCGGUCAUUGCAACGGAGUAAAAGUAUCGACCUUCUUCACAUAAAUACUCAAGUAAAAGUUGAAAGUACGGUGCACUUAAACGACUCUGAUAAGUGCAGUUGAUGGAAAAUGUUACUUGAGUAAAUGUAACGUGUUACUACCCACCUCUGGCAAGGACCCUAACAUGCAUGGAUUUGGAACGUGGGAGGAAGCCGCAGAAAACCCGAGUCGAGAUUUGAACCCAGGACCUAUUGACUGUGAUGUGCUCAUCGCUAUCUACCAUGCAUGAUUCCUGAUAUUAUUGAUUUAUUCUUUCCAAGCAGUCCACUCUCCUUUCGGUCUCCCCACUGUAAACAUGCCCUUUAGUGGUGUUUUCAUUGCACAUUUUAUAUUAAAUGCCGUCCAAUAAAAGUGUGUCGU